AGAAAAUACAGGCACAUUAGAGACGUUCAUAAUGACAACCUAACACCUGAAGGUCAGUGUCCAUCACCAUUGAAUUUGAGGAGCUCUUGCAAACUCUUACAAUUGCAGAAUCUUUGGACACAGAUUUUAUAUCAAGAUAUUUUCUAAAAAAGGUCACGCCAAGUGGAACUAGUUCAGAAGGAAACAGAAACCCUAGAAUGGGGCAGUUAAGUAUGCUUCUUGAAAAGCUCUCUUUAUGAACUAUGGAGGUCUUAGGUCAAAUGUUGAACCCGAUGACAAAUAACACAGCAACAAAUGACUCUUCUAGUCACGUGAAGCCUAUUUCUACACCUGCAAGCACAGAUCUAGGAGUUUUUCCCAACGUACAAACCAAUUUCAAAAACCUGCUUGGGAUUUUCUUUAUGGUGUCACUGAACAUUGUUGCGCUACUGGCCAAUACAGCUGUAAUAGUGGUGAUCAUCAAAGCCCCACAUUUGAGGAAGUUUGGAUUUGUCUGUCAUCUGUGCAUUGUGGACCUUCUCUCUGCUGUAUUCUUAAUGCCCCUGGGCAUUGUCUCCAGCUCCCCCUUUUUUGAUAUGGUUGUGUUCAGUGUGUUGGAAUGCCAGGUUUAUAUUUUCCUUAAUAUCUGCCUUAUUUGUGCCUCAAUAUUUACCAUAACAGCCAUUAGCAUUGAAAGGUAUUAUUACAUAGUACAUCCCAUGAGGUAUGAGGUCAAAAUGACCCUCAGCCUAGCUAUAGCAGUGAUGAUUUUCAUCUGGGUUAAGUCGAUUUUAUUAGCAUUCAUUCCCUUGCUGGGGUGGUCCAUGGACAGUACUCAGACCUCAACAAAUGCUGCCCAUUGCUCUUUAUACUGGAACCACAGCAGCUACAAAAAGAUCUUUGUCAUUAUCUUCAGCAUCCUCUGCUUUUUCCUCCCUGCCAUUGUCAUCUUCACUGUGUAUUGUAAUGUCUACAAAGUGGCCAGGAUUGCCGCUCUGCAACAUGGACCCAUUCCCACGUGGGCCACUAGUCCGAAAAGACGCUCCGACUCGAUCAACAGCCAGACAACAAUCAUCACCACCAGAAACCUCCCCCAAAGGCUUUCCCCUGAGAGAAUCUUUGGAGGGAGCAAAGCAGCGUUUACUCUGAUUAUCAUCGUGGGCCAGUUUCUUCUCUGCUGGCUGCCUUACUUUUCAUUUCACCUGCACUUAUCAGGCAACAAAGCACUCAAAAGCCCAGGAGACAUGGAGAUUGUGGUCACUUGGCUCGCCUAUUCCUCUUUCGCCAUCAACCCCUUCUUCUACGGACUUCUGAACCGGCAGAUCAGAGAGGAGCUGUGCAAGCUCAGAAGGUGUUACAUGACAAGGCCCACAGAAGUUGGCGUGUCUAGCCACGAUGGCUCCCUUCAGGAGAACUUCCUUCAGUUUUUACAAAGGACCAGCUGCACAGUGGAAACCCGCUCCAGUUACAUCAAUUCCAGCCCCAGAAACACUCUAGACCAGACUAUACAAGGAUUCCGUAUUCCUGGACAAAUUCCCGAAGAGUUCAGCUGAGCAAAGAAAGGCCUUUUCAUGCUGCCAUUUUGUUGAAAAUUUUUAUUUAUUUUUUAAUAGUUUCAAAUGGUUUAAAAUGUGGCUUUGCCUCAGGGUUGUUGAACUCAUCCUUAUCCUAGAAAGUUUAUUUCAACCAUAGAAUAACUUUUGAAACCAAAUCUUACACCAGCUCACCUGGUUCUAUUCAAAGUGAUUUAUUCUGAGAAGGUAUGUUGGAGGCACAUUUUCCAUUUCAAAAUAAUAAGAAUAAAGAUGAUCAGAAAAAGAAAGAUAGGUAGAAUCAACUGUUUAACUCUACAAUAAAAUAGACUUUGUCAUGAGUAUGUAUCAGGAGGAAAGUGUUAAAAUCAUAAAAAGGUCUUUUCUGCACAGCUAAUUACUGCAAGGAUUGUGUGGGAAGGUGUAAUAUAUAUUUUUUUUAUUUGUUAUGUACUGCUCUGCUGUUAUAAAGCUGAGCAAAUAACGCAAAAGACCAUGCCGCAAUCUGCUUCUCUGAAUGAGAAAUUUUUCAAGCAUGCACUUUGCAGUAGUUGAGCUUUUUGAAGGGGAUAUUGUGUUUGAAGAGCUCUGUUGUAAAGGUUGGUGGAGAAUCCACAAUUCAUUACAUCUUGUCUGUAUUCUCUAACAGUGAAACAAAAGUGAACACAACUUGUUAAAGCACAAAGCAAAGCACAAACAUAGGUUAGUGUCUUUCUUUGGGCAACUUUCUCAGAUUUUUCUCAAAACCUUUGCUGUUGAAAAUAGCUGUUUUGCUUUUAAUCAAAUGCCUUUUCCCUUAUUGUCUGUAAAGGAGCAUUUUUUUGUGCAUAUACUGUUUUGAAGCAAUGUAGAAUACAACAGCAAAACACAAUGUGCUGCUUUCAGCAUUUGCACUUUUUCCUCUAAUUAUAUGUCAUUGUAUUACUUCACUUUGGUUUUUAGAUCCAAAGAUAUUGAUUUUUUUUCUGUGCUUUAAAAUAUAUCACUUAGAAGGAAACAUUUCUUAAUAUAAAGCAAAAAAUGUUUUGAAUUUUGCUACUUGCUCUUAGUAGUUUGUACAGGGCCUAUUUGUAUGUGCAUAUGGCUUCUUAUUUGUAAAAAUAAAAAGAUUAUUGGAAAACA